CAAGAUGUGUGCGGUUUGUGUCUUUUUGAUGAUAGAAGUACAUUCACAUAAAUUAAUAGUAUUUUUUUUUUAAUAAAAGUGAAUAUGCAUCGGAUAAUGGGUCCCAUCAAACGAGGAGCUCUCAUAGUUGUAGAAGGUGUUGACAGAUCAGGAAAAUCUACACAAUGCAAACAACUUGUGCAAUCUUUAGAAAACCUCGAUAUCAAAGCCAGAUUGUUGAGUUUUCCGGAUAGAUCCACACAAACGGGAAAAUUAAUCGACGAAUAUUUAAGAAAUAAAGAAUGUAAACUCAACGACCACGCCAUACAUUUGCUUUUUUCUGCAAACCGAUGGGAGAACGUAGAGAAAAUGAAGUCAUGGCUCAACGAUGGUAUUACAUUGAUUGUGGACAGAUAUUCGUACUCUGGAAUUGCUUUUUCUGCAGUAAAAAAAAACAUGGACCUAGAUUGGUGUAAACAUCCCGAGGACGGGCUUCCGAAGCCCGACCUGGUUUUUCUGCUGAUGUUGAGCCAAGAGGAGAUGAUGAUGAGGCCGGGAUUUGGUAAGGAGCGUUACGAGAACCUUACGGUACAGGCGGAAGUCGCCGAUAUGUAUAAGAGGUUGAGCGAAGAAGAUAAUAAUUGGACGGUGGUUGACGCUGCGAGAAAUGUGGAUGAUGUCCACAGUGAGCUGUUGGGGAAGUGUCUGAAAGUAAUCGCGGAAGCCAAAACCGCUUCCCUUGGUAGCCUGAGGUUUUGCAGCAAUAAAAAAGUUCUGUCUUGAUAAACGAGUGAAUUAAGUGUAAAUAGAGGAUUUCUAAUUUAACUUUAAUUAUAUAUUAUUUCUGCAAA